AUGGGCGACGGUUUAAAGAUAACUAAAGAUAAGCGUCAUAGAAGUUCUAGUAGUAUCGCUGGAGGCCCUUUAGAUGGGACACGAUCCGAGAGAAAAUUGGAUUUAAGGGCAUCUAUCCCUGAAGUCGAUGACCAAUUCGCUUUGGCGGAAGCGAGAUGUGAUGAAUUGCAGGAAAAAAUUGAUUUAGUAAAGGGCCUCAAGCGUAGGCGAAAACUUAAAAAAAGAAGCAUGACUCAUUUUGCAGAACAGGCUAUGCCUGUCGAAAAUAUUCCAUUUAUAAGCGUAAGGACUCAACCUAAAAAAAAGGUGUCACAGCAAGCUGCUAGACUCAGGCGACUCGAGGUGCCUGCAAAUCCAACCCGGGGCUAUUUGGAUCCAGCCAUGUUAGAACAACACCAAAUGGUAGGUCAGGUCCGAGGAUACAAUCAGAUGUUUUGGCAGCCGGUAUGUAGAAAUAAACAAAGUAAUGCUGCUCGGAAGUCGCCUAAACCACGUGACCGUCGCGGACAUCCAGAAGGAGACGCUAUGUAUGGUCAUGAUUCUUCAACGAACCUAAAAGCUGAGCCUCAUGAAGUUGCUUGCGGGGAUGACGAUGUAGUAGGUGACUACUCGGAUAACGAUGUCAAUAACCAAUAUAAUGAUUUUUAUCUAGGGUCAGUCGCGGUAAAUAAAAAGCAGCAUGAUGGAAAAUCUCAAUCGAAGCAAUUUGGCAAUCGCCGGCGCCACGUACCAAAGGAAGCUUAUAUCAAGGAAGGUAUUUCGCUUAAUAUUUUCUUCUUUAUGUUUAGCACAGGAGUAACGCAAGCUGAAGAAAGACCCGUAGUUGAGCUAUUUAAUAAGAGUCGUGGCAGUCCUUCUGCGGAUUCUGGGCAACGCCAAGCGUAUCAAAGGAUUUCGUCUCCUGAUUCAAAAUCUAAAAAAGUUCGAGAUUCACAAAUCUACGUUGAUGAUGGUACAGUUCCACACAGUGACGCAACGGCGACGCCGAUAGAAACUGUAAAAAAGCAAAAGGAGCAUCGUCAUCCGCGUCGUGUCAAGUACCGCAGCCGCCAUUACGAAUUACCAACAGUGGCAUCGCAAAUGAAGCAAGCGGGCAUGCGCUGUUACUAUGGCAACGCCAACCGCACCAACAUCCCCUUCAUAGUGAGCAAGAGUACUGCGCCUUCGCAUAACAUUGGUGUCAAUAUCCAGCAGGUUUUGAAUGGCUUAAAAAUACAACAGCCUCUAUCUGGAAUACCUUUGACGAUUGCGCAUCACAUGGGUUUAGGACAUAUACCUACGUACGGGACAAAAAGUGCUACUGUGCAACCGUCUCUAGACAACCGCGAGAUAAAUGCCAUCAAGGUCGGUCGUCGUCUGUUGCGGCUGCCGUCUUACAAGUACAUGUCGUACAACCGCCUGCUCAGCAUGUACCGGGAGGGGGACGGCAUGGUGCCCAAGUUCUUGCGCGCGAUUAGCCGACCGCACUAUUUCUACACGUCGAUGUAUAACAGUCUGACAAUGAACCGGGAUGACUUCGACAACGCUACAUCGAAGGGGCAGGGCGGCUGUCAAGAGGCCAAGCAGAGUCUGGCGGAGUACGCCAGCUUGUAUCGCGAGUACGAGCAAGUGGAGAAGUGUCUGAACGAAAAUUAUGACCCAGAACUCGAGAGGCGCAAAGAAGACUUGUCUCGACAAUUGGCAGCCCGAGAGGAACAUAUUCGCAAGGUGGUCCAAGAUUUCCGAAACUCAACUGAAGGCGAUAUGCCGUUAAGGGCAUCUGCUUCAAACGCAGAAGAUGGCUAUCGGCAUUCAAGCUACAAGCUUAAUCAAGACGGAUCUCAUCAAUGAAACGAGUUUUACAAAAAAUUGCGCCAAAUUAUACGUGCCCGUAGAAUAUCAUUGUUCACGAUAUGAAAAUAACAUUAUUUUGCAUACCUAAAUGAAGGUUUUAUAAAAUUUAAGUACUUUAUAACAACAGUUAUCAGGCUUUAUUACUUUAGAACAGUUUAUUCGGCAUUUUGAUCAGUCAUUCGACACACGGCGGUCACAAUCAAAUUGGAGUAUAUUGUGCAGGUUACUAUUCUUGAAAACUUUUUGGUAAUUGUAGCGCCCUUGUAUAACAUCGAAGUUCAAAACGAUGUUUAUUUGCUGCGGAUAAAAGAAAAUAUAUUUAUGGAUUGAAAAUGUACUGAUAAGAAGAGACGUUGGAUCCUUAUUGUCUGUUGAUGGGUUACAAAUUUCAGCUUACAGCAUAAAUUGUAUAAAGGUGAUCAAUAUAAUGAUUUUUCUAUGGACUCUGUUCCAUGCUAUCGAGUUGGUCAGGUUCUAAAACGUUCUAAUUAGGUUUAGCUUGAUAAGGAAACGUAGUCUAGUGUUAGUUCUGGGCUUAAUUUCCAGUAGAAUUAUUUUAUUUGUAUAUUUUACAUACUUUUUCAAUCAACGUUUUUAAAUUUUCCAAUAAGUUCAAUAAAUAUUUUUUUAUCUUUACAAUGUUAGAAAGCGAAAGAUUGUUACAGCGAUAAAUUAGUAAUUUGUGUCAUGUUUCAAUUAUAAACUUGAGGUCAAAACCACGACAAUAAAGA